AUGACAGUUUUAAGAAACAAUAUGAAAGAAUCAAGUUCAAAAGAAAUUGCCUGUUCAGAUGCACAUCUCGAACCAUCUACUGUUCUCACCUCAGAAAAGUUCGAAUCAUCUUCCGCUGCUACUUCGGAAAAGUUCGAAUCAUCCUCUGCUCCUAAUUCAAAUGAAUUUGAACCAUACGCUGCUGUUGCUUCAGAAAAGACAUUAUUUUUCAUGGAAAAAGAAAAUAAAUUGUACGUGUACUUAAUCUCACCACACAUGAACCCGUUGAACUUAAUCCUGACUAUACUAUACUUGAUACUCAUUAUACCUGGUUCCGCAUUCGCUUAA